AUGACCGACUGUAUGCAAGACCCCCCUCAAACAGGCAGCACUUCCCAUUGGCUCAGUGCUAUAGUCUGCGAGGCCCCGGCCGUUAACAAUGCAGCCUGGGCCAAGGUGGACAUGACCAUGGAGGAGAGUGUGGAGGUGUACCUGGGCGACUCAGCAGGCAUCCCCUGCCAGUACGUCUUCAGUGAGCAGCCCAGAGCGUUCAUGAUCCAGUGGUUUAGGAAUCCCAGUAGCAGUAGCCGGGAGCGGAUCUACUACGGUGACAAUGCACAGCAGAUAGUGGACGAUGGUACAGACUUCACAGGCCGCAUCACGGUGUCCAACGUCGGGGACAAGGAGGGUGUGCUGCUGACCAUCCAGGAUGUCCAGCUGACUGACGAGAGGGAGUUCUUCUGCCAGGUCAACGGCAUGGCUGCAGGCAACGGAGAAGGCAAGACCCACCUCAGGGUGUUCGAUCCUCCAAUGGCCCCAGUAAUUGAAGGUGUCCAUGCUGGAAUCUCUGUGACCAACGAGCUGCCAUCAAGGAUUGCAUCGUGUGAGGCAAGGAAUGGCUUCCCCAGACCCAACAUCACCUGGUACCGUGGCAUCAGCCCACUGACCCCAACACAUGGCCAGAUCAACGUGGUAAUUCUGGUGACCCGUGAGUCCAAUGGCUUCUACACAGUUCAGAGUGAGCUGCAAUAUAAAGUUGCCAAAGAGGACAAGGAUGUCCUGUUCUCCUGUGAGGUCAGCUACUACGUCCCAGGAGCUGUGAGGACGGCUGAGUCCAAGGGCAUCAACAUCACUGUGCACUACCCCACAACCGUUGUUGAGCUGUGGAAGGAAUCCCCCCAGGGCCUGGUCAAAGAGGGGGAUACUGUGGAGAUCCGUUGCCAAGGCGAUGGCAACCCCCCACCGCCCUUCACGUUCAACCGAGAACAACAGGAGACAGCGUUGGAGGCCAGCGAUGACACAUUGGUGCUGAGAGAGGUGACGCGUGGGGACAGCGGGGUCUACCAGUGCCGCUCUCUGGAUCUGGACACUUACGAGGAGGUCAUGGGAGACAUGCAGCUCAUUGUCCACUAUCUGGACCCAGCCCUGGUGGUGCCCAAAGACUCAGAGAUCAUGUUCAAAGGAGAGAGUCUGACUGCUACCUGCAACGCUCUGUCUUCUCUGGAAACCUUCACUGUCUGGUUCAAGAAUGGGCAGCAGGUUGGCACAGGCCACAUGCUGUUUCUGCAGGAUGCCACCUAUGACACAGCAGGAGAGUACGUGUGUGAGGUGACUGUUCCUUCACUGCCUGGACUGCACACCUCUGGUUCUGUCCACAUCAUCGUCCAGGGUGCUCCCCAGAUGAAGGAUGCUGACAGGGAGGUGGAGAUGGAGGAGGGAGCUGGGAAGUGGAUGAACCUGAGCUGUGAGGCACAUGCACACCCCCUGCCCACCAUUUCUUGGACUGUCACUGGCAGCCAGUCUGAAAGCUGGCGCGAGGUGCUGACCAGCGCCACGGAGCACAGCACUAUCAGCCUGGUGUCCAUCAAAGUGACCUCUGACAUCACAGCCUUCUGCAAUGCCACCAACGAGAUGGGCACAGAGGCAAAGUCUUUCAGCAUCAGUGCCACUGAAGGAAAUGGUGUGAUCAUCGUGGUCAUCAUCAUCUGUAUCCUCCUGCUGGCCGUCCUGGGCAGUGUGCUCUACUUCCUCCACAAGAAGGGCAAAAUCCCCUGUGGCCGCUCUGGCAAGCAGGAAAUCACCAAGGAGAACACUAACAAAGAUGGCAUUGUGGUGGAGAUGAAGACUGACACCAAGACCGAGGAGGCCGUUCUUCUGAAGGGCGUUAACGGUGACAAGAAUGGCCCCAGCGACCAGUACAUGGACCUGAGGAAGUGA